AUGUCAAACAAAAUAGUUAUUUUCGGUAUCAUGUGUUUGGUCACCUUGGCCACGGCGUUGCCCGCCGAGGAGACGCGCGGCCAUGCGCGCAACGCAGUCGGUGGCGGUGACAACGACAUUAUGGAUAGCAUCUAUAGUGAUUGCCUGCGCAAGGAUUCGGUGUCGUGUGUCAAGUACAAGCUCUUCAACUUCGUUGACAAGGUGCUCGGCGCUCGCGAUCAGUUUGCUCUGACCGAGGGUGUGACUGUGGUGCGUUCCCCCGAUGCGCCCGCCCAGGAGGCUGCACGCUCCAUCUCCGGCGAUGAGUCGUUCGAGUCGUUGGCUCUCAAUCGCAUCUCCAGCUUCUUGAACUCGCACACCAUCAAGGUUGAGCUGAAGGGCGCCGAUAUUGUGCAGGCUGUGAGCUCAACUGGUCGCGCUCUGGAAGAUGCCUCCGAGUCGCUCUUCGGCUCCAACGAUCCCAAUGCGCCUGAGGAGAGCCGUGGCAAGAAGAAGAAGGCUGCCAAAAUCUUGGGCCCCAUUCUCGCUCUUGUCGCACUGAAGGCUGCUGCUCUGCUGCCCCUGCUGUUGGGCGCCAUUGCUCUGAUUGCCGGCAAGGCUCUGUUGAUUGGUAAGAUCGCGCUGGUGCUGUCGGCCGUUAUUGGCCUGAAGAAGCUGCUCUCGCAGGAGAAACAUGUCACCUAUGAGGUGGUGGCCCAUCCCCAUCACAGCGCCAGCCACUCGGUCAGCCACGAUUCGUACGGCAGCGGCUACAGCGCCGAUGCGGGUGCUUCCGCUUCAUAUGGCAGCUCUGGACAUGGCGGCUGGGGCCGCUCCAUCGAUGCCCAGGACUUGGCCUACGGUGCCCAGAAGCCCCAGCAGGCUUAA